ACUAACACACUACAUCUAAAUCAUAUCUCCCUCUCUCUCUCUCUCUCAAUUCCAAAGCUCCAACGCCGGAAAAAGCUACCCAUUUCCAUGGAUUCCUCAAUCCUAUUCGUUGCUAUUCUUCUGCUUUCUGUGGGUGUAGAUAAAGCUCAUGCAGUAGCCACUGUAGGGGGCAGCGUCUUUUGCGACCAAUGCAAAGACGGGAAGCUAAGCCUCUUCGAUUACCCACUCAUCGGAGCCAAGGUAUCUCUGACAUGUCCGGGCAGCGACGGGAAGCCAACCGUUUUGAAGGAGGAGACAAGUAACUGGUAUGGUGGCUACGGGUUCAAGUUCGAUGAUAGCCCGGAUCUGAGGAAAUGCUCUGUCCAGGUCGUGCCGGGCAGCGGGCAGGUCUGUGGGGCAGCGGCAGGGCCUGCCCAGAGCGUCAAGCUUCUGUUCGAUGUGUGGAACUUGGAGGUGUACAUCGUGGAUGCGGUUCUCUCACAGCCUGCCAACCCCAGGCCCUUCUGCCAGAAAUCCUCGGGCAGCCCGGUGUCCGUACCAGCACUGGCCCCACCAACCCCACCAUCAGCUCAAUUGCCACCGUUUGGCCAGUUCCCGCCCAACACUCUUCCGCAAGGUUCCGUUUGUUCGCAUGAGAGCUGGUCCGUGCCACAGUAUAAAUGCUACUGGAAGGUUGUGGGACCCGAUACGAAGGUAGCCGUUGCUUUUGGGUUGGAAGCGGCUAUGAAAUACGGGACGGACAUGACCCUAUGGGAAGGGCUACAAGGGAAGGGCGACGUGUAUAGGACUCUCCUUAGGGAAGGCACCACUGCCCUUCUCAAUUCUUACAACAGUUAUCAAUUCGCUUACCCUACACUCAGUGUAAUCGCCCAAAUGAACCAGGCCAUGAUGGGGGGCCCACAACAAGCUCUCAAAAUUGCACUGAGGUUCAAGAGGGCCAAUCAUGGCAGUGCCAAUGUCCGCUGCAAUUUCUCUCCUUGUAAGUGAUCUAUUUAUAUAAAUUUAUACUAAGGAAUUAUAUGAUGUGGGACCUACGUCUUUUGCAUAGUAAACACACUGUUUUGCAAUUCUGACAAGUGGGGCCCCUUUUUUGUGUAAUCUGGAUCAUUGACUAACGGUCUGGAUUAGUAGAUUUUGGCCUGGAUCUUUCAAAAUUGAAAAUUUGUGUGUAUUAUGCAAAGAUGCUGGAUUCUUCAUCAUAUGGUUCCUCUUUAUACAUGUAGGAAUUUUAUUUGUAGCAGAACCGUCGUAAGUGCCGACUUGGUACGUAGGUUAAAUCUGGGACAUUCAUUAGGUGGUCUUCUAAGUUGACCUGUGAGCCACUCAUCAGGUGGGCCACACUGGAAGGCAUGCUAUCCUUUUAUUAUUAUUAUUAUUUUAGAAGUAUUGAGUAGUAUGUAUUGAUUGUUUCUUGAGCUUCAAAAUGAAUAAUAUUUAAUGAGAAAUUCUCCAAUUCAGUUAUGGUGCA